GAGAGAGGAGAGAGAGAGGAGAGGAGAGAGAGAGAGAGGAGAGGGAGGGAGGAAAAAGGCGUAAUUAAUUCAGGCUGGAUGGGAGGGAUGUUGUUGCUGCGUGUGACGAGGCUCUAGAGCCUCCGUUCUGCUGCGCGUAGCCGUAUGUCAGUGUGAGAGGGGCUGAAACACCAGCUCAGCCCUGGUACUACUCAUCCUGCUAGUCUGGCAGGGAAACCACUGUACACUGCUCACUCUGAGGGAAUAGACAUCAGCACCAUUACAGGGAUGGAAAAAGGUCAGCACAGGUCAUCAUUACCUCAGGCCUGCUGAGGGACCCAGUGGGAACGUGUCACUACCCAGCUGACAGGAGCAGUCUGUUGUUGUGACAUCACAAACGCUCGAGGGCCUUCUGGACUUGCGACGCCCCCAACUGCCCUUCUUCCUGCCUUGGUGCCUUGUUCUCCAACUCCUCCAACCCCAUAGACUGCUAAUCUUUUGACCAAUUCACCAGUCCAACCCGUCUCCAGCAUGCCUUCAUCCGCCCCACCCCCAUCUUCUCUGUAAACCUCCUCUUUCACAUCAAAGACCGUCCUAUCCCUAUCCCUCUUUCCCAGUAGUCAGUCUCUCCGAUCCGGAUCCACACACCCCUUAUUCUGGUGACUUUAUGCUUUCCACUGCUCCUGCUCACUGCCAUGGGACAGGGAUGACAGACCCCCUCUUCAGCUCCAGUUUACAUCUGACCCAGGGAUAACUAGGAGGCCCUUGACCCCGACCAACGUCACCUCCCCCCUGACGCUCACCGUCCCUGGCCUCCCCCAGCCAGCAGGAUGGGUGACGGGAGCUGGGUGUGCCUGAGCCCAGCUGAGUUCUCUCAGCUGCAGAAGUACAGCGAGUAUUCUACCAAAAACCUGAAAGAUGUUCUGGAAGAGUUUCACGGUGAAGGAGUCCUCUCCAAGUACAAUCCUGAGCAGCCCAUCGACUACGAAGGCUUCCAGCUCUUCAUGGCCACCUACCUGGAGAACGACAUCCCCGAGGAGCUGUGUCAGCACCUCUUCACUUCCUUCAAGAGCAAGACGGGGGGCUCCUCCCCCGAGGCUCCCCGUUCAGGAGCAGGCAUGCUGGAAGCUCGAUCGAUAGAUGCAGGCAUCUCUAUACAGACAGAAGUAGCCUGUGCCCCCAUCACAGGAAUGAAUGGAAAGAGCAUCCUCACAGCCAUGGGUAGACACACACCAGAACACUCCACAGUGAUGGCCGCAUGCGCUGGGGCUGCCACCUCCCCCUGCUCCUCCCGGUCCUCUUCACAGCGCUCUGGGACUGGGGGCCACACCCCACGGGGGGCACACUGUUCCCCCUGCAUUCAAGCCAAACCCUCUGAAGGCUCCAGCAAUGCCCUGAGCCCCAACCCAGUACCAGCCAAGUCGCCGGCCUCUCCCCGCCUCUCCCCAGAGAGGAACAGAGUGGAGAAGCGUCGGAGCCCGUCACCUCAAAAGGGGACCCCUCUGCCGUCCCCUCAGGUGGUCUUUCUGAAGGACAUUGUGUGUUAUCUGUCUCUACUGGAAAGGGGUACACCUGAGGACAAGCUGGAGUUCAUGUUCAGGCUGUACGACACGGAUGGCAAUGGUGUAUUGGACAGCUCGGAACUAGACCGCAUCAUCAAUCAGAUGGUCCACGUAGCCGAGUACUUGGAGUGGGACUCAACCGAGCUCAGACCAAUCCUGAAGGAGAUGAUGGAAGAGAUCGACUAUGACAGAGACGGCACUGUAACUCUGGAGGAGUGGAUCAGGGGAGGCCUGACAACCAUCCCUUUGUUAGUGCUGUUGGGCAUGGAGACGAAUGUACAGGAGGAUGGGCAGCAUGUGUGGAAACUGAAGCACUUCAACAAACCAGCCUACUGUAACUACUGCCAUACCAUGCUGCUGGGAGUUCGCAAACAGGGCCUCUGUUGUUCCAUAUGCAAGUACACAGUCCACGAGCGCUGCGUGUCCAAAGACAUUGCUGCUUGUGUCAGCACCUACGCCAAGUCCCGAAGACAUACCAACGCUAUGCAGCAUGUGUGGAUGGAGGGGAACUCUCCCACCAAGUGUGAUCGUUGUCACAGAAGCAUCAAGUGUUACCAAGGUCUGACAGGCCUUCACUGUGUUUGGUGUCAGAUGACUGUCCACAACAAGUGUGCAUCUAACGUGAAACCAGAGUGUGAUGGAGGAGCCCUCAGGGACCAUACCCUCCUCCCGUCCUACAUCUGUCCUGUGGUCCUGGACCGGCAUUCUGUGGUGAAGCGGGGGGAUGGCGAGUCUCCACCAUGCACCAGCCCUGACGACUCCAGUCAAAGCUUUAAAUUCACCGGAGAUGGACAAGCGCUGCAGAUCAGCCCUCUCCCAGGUACACACCCUCUCCUGGUGCUGGUCAACCCAAAGAGCGGAGGGAGACAAGGGGAACGGGUUUUGAGGAAGUUCCAGUACUUGCUGAACCCUCGGCAGGUGUACAGUCUGGACUGUGGAGGGCCCAUGGUGGGGCUCAACUUCUUCCAUGAUGUCCCAGACUUCCGGGUGCUUGCUUGUGGAGGUGAUGGUACAGUUGGCUGGAUCCUGGACUGCAUCGACAAAGCCAACUUUGCCCGGCAUCCUCCCGUGGCCAUACUGCCCCUGGGCACAGGGAAUGACCUGGCACGCUGCCUGCGCUGGGGCGGAGGUUAUGAAGGAGGCAACCUGCUGAAGUUCUUGAGGGACAUUGAGCACAGCACUGAGAUGGUGCUGGACCGCUGGACCAUCGACAUUAUCCCAGAUGACAAGGAAGAGAAGGGCGAUCCUGUCCCUUACAGCAUCGUCAACAACUACUUUUCUAUCGGCGUGGACGCCUCCAUCGCCCACCGCUUCCACCUGAUGAGAGAAAAGCACCCGGAGAAGUUCAACAGCAGGAUGAAGAACAAGCUGUGGUACUUUGAGUUUGGCACCACGGAAACCAUAUCUGCCACCUGCAAGAAACUCAACGAAUGUAUAGAGGUGGAGUGUGAUGGCAUCAUCCUUGACCUCAGCAACACCUCCUUGGAAGGUAUUGCAGUCCUCAACAUUCCCAGCAUGCACGGCGGCUCCAACCUGUGGGGUGAGACAAAGAAGAGGCGGAACUAUAACCGUAUGAGCAAGAAGGUUCCAGAUAGAAUGCCUGCCAGCACAGUCACAGACGUAAAAGAGCUCAAGUUCUGUGUGCAAGAUCUCAGUGACCAGCUGAUGGAGGUGGUGGGUCUUGAGGGAGCUAUAGAGAUGGGCCAGAUAUACACAGGCCUGAAGAGUGCUGGUCGCAGGCUGGCUCAGUGUGCUAGUGUCACAAUCAGGACAUCCAGACUGCUGCCCAUGCAAAUCGACGGAGAACCGUGGAUGCAGCCGCCCUGCACGGUCAGGAUAACUCACAAGAACCAGGUUCCCAUGUUGCUCGGUCCUCCCCAGAAGACCCCCUUUUUCUUCUUCAAGAAACGCAACAGGAGUCGGGACUAGCAACGAUGGGGACACCACCAAAUCAUUCCCUUUCACAUACUUAGAAAUACACAUUCUCACGCAUCCAUAUACAUAAAGUACGGUACAUAUACUCACAUAUAUACAAACAUCCUUCAAAAGACUGGUGUUCUGUUUCCGAUGGGACAGAGGUCUGAAUGGGAUUGUGUUGAUUAUGGUAGAAUAUGUAAAGAUCAGAACAGUAGAAUCAUCAUAAAGGAACAGACUCUGUGUUCAGACCACUUCCUGUGUGUCUACCAACUAGUUUCCUUGAAAGAUGGAUCCCUUCCAACUGCACCCCAGCGCUAACCACGGCCAUACUCCAUCCCCAGUUGUCCCUAACCCUGGACCCAGCCCCAGACACCAAUGCCAAAUGCCAUCCCAUAGACCUCAGGUCCGACCCAGAUGAAAGCCCUUAAUGUGCUCCAAUGCCAGGCUGAACCAAGUAUUGGGUUGUUGAAGGAUACUGUCAAGGCCCUUCAACAAAGAGAUUAUGGAGCGUGAGAAGGGAGAAAUGAAACAAGGAGUAAACGAAAUAGUGCUCUACUCUCUACAAGAAGUAGGCUAAAAGGCUAAAGACAGGAGAGAAGAAAAGAAGAAAAAAGAGCCCAGAAGAUAGAGAGAGUGAAAGUAGGGUGGCGGUAGUCCCCCUUCGUUUACAGGAGUAGAGAGUAGGCUCUACCUCUUUGAGGAACCAUGUGAAUAAUGUAUGAAUAAAGCAUGUAAAAGCACUCACUCCAGAGCCUCCCCAUAGCACAACACUGGGCUGCUGGGGAGAUGCAACGGAAAACUCAUCCUUUAUUGACGUGUGGGUUUAUAGUUGAGGGUGGCAAGACACAACAGCAGUCAGCCAGGCCUGGGGAGACAAACAGGGAUUUUGACCCCCAGCAACUUAGGACCACAAACAUCCUUUGAACUGUGUUUCUAGAGUCAGUUGGUACUUUAGUUUCAGGCCCUAGGCAAAACGUGACAGGGAGGUUAGUAUCAUCAUUGUGAGCUUCAAUGUUUUGCCUUUGUAGACUAUGGUCUUUUCACUGGCAUUUUAUCUUUCUAAAUGAGAGAUCAGUGUCCCACAGCCACAGGGAGGACAGUGAGAUGAGGGAGGUUGAAGAAAGCAAACCCAGAUCCGAGGUCUUAUCUGGAACUGGGAGAGGGUUGGAGUUCGAAGAUCAUGGUCAUGCUUGGGAUCGCAUACCACAUUGGAUUUUCCGAAUGAACAUUUUAGGAGAGCAAACAUAGGUGUGAAUAUCUCACAGGCCAGGCGUUUGCUACUGUAUGUCCGAGGUCCUGAUCGAAGACAACCCACUAGGCCAGCCAUGUAGAUUAAACAACUCCCACCCAUUCUUCAGCACGUGUCCCCUACCACAGUUGUAGAGGAACAGGGAUUGAAAUGGAUCCCCCCGUGGUAUAACAGUGAGCCUCUGACAGUGAGAGGUUGAUUUACCCUUUCACGCGUCGACAGGGAACUAAAUUUAAACUGCUAUUUCAAGAAGAUCUAUGCUGUGAAAGACCAGUCCUAAUUACAAUGUCAAAACAUCAACUCACAAUGUCAAGUGUGCUGUGGAGAGAGAAAAAACAACUUCAAUGAAAGUUAUUUUGUGCUGUUCUAUUCAUUUGCAAAGUAAAGUUAAGAUGUGUAGUUAUCAAUUAUGAUAGAGAGAAAAGAAAUUGUGGGAAUUUAACUAAAUUAGCAGCAAUUGCUGGGCUAUACAGUAGGAUGUUAGGAAGACAUAGCAUGGAAUCCUAGCCACUAGGUACGACUACUAUGUACCCUGAUGAAAAUAUUAUCAUGGCCUAUAUACUGUAUGUGCAAACACAGUAUUUGUAUAUUUCUGGAAGUAGGUGCACAUAUACACAUAAAUGUGUUUUUAAAGUUACAUUGGUAUAAAAUGAUUGUAGAGAUGUUAGAUCUAGCUUAGAAGAGUACAGGUCAGUGUUCUUCUGUGGGUCAUGUAAGUGACUCUGGUACACCACUCAUCUGGAGCCAGUUAUUCUAGAACAUUCAAGCCAGAUUCAAACCCAUGUUGUAUCCAUUUCGGUCCCCUUCACAUCAAGUUCUCCCCCUCAUCAUACUCUACAAGAGCAUGUUUCCGGAACAUAAUUCAGUUAGAUUAAUGGUGUUCUGUGUUUCUACAGUGAGGGAUAUUAUCAGUUGAAUGUAAUGUAUUUGGGGGUAACAUUGAACACAACACAGGAGUAUUUUUGUCUGGAUUGAACGUUCAAUGGAAAGAACCUGUCCUCGGCUGAUCAUGAUGGUUAUGUCUUUUGUGUACAGGGGUUUUGAUAAGUGUGGAGUUCUAAUGGUACACUGAGUUGUACCUUAGGGCGAGGCUGUGACGUUGUCGCCCUGAUUCCCUUUAAACUACACUGAGCAGCCACUUGCACCCAGGCCCCACUGAAGCAGAGAUGAUGUCUGAUGACCAUAGGGUCUGACUGAGGUAGUAGGAUACAGGUAUUAUGCUUGUUAACAUAAAUAAAACCGAUUCUACACUAACUAUUGCACCAGACAUUAUGGAAUUGGAUGUGGUGCUGUUCUCCUUAAGGUACAGAUUUGAAGAACAGACCUUGGAACAGCUUUGAUGGGCAACACCACCCUGUUGUGGAUCGCUGACCCAGCUGGUCCUAGCAGUUCCAUCAGACUCCUUUGUAUGACAUCAAAUUCCAUGAACCCAUGCGGUCAUUGGACAUAACACAAGAGUGUUUUUAAUGUCUUUCAUGGAGCCUGGAGCAAGGAGACUCAGUGAAGAAGAGUGCAUGUUUACAGUUACUUUUCAGUUAUGGGAAGGAUGAUUAUAAACAGUUAACGUGUACAUAGAUAUUUGUUUAUAUAUUUUAUCUGAAGUUACACCACCGCAUGCCUGCUGAAUCAAAGGAGACUCAGGAAUGUCUGCCUGAGGUGAGAGAGACCACGCUGAUUGUUGUAACACUUUCCCUUCAACCCCUGACCUGUGACCUUGAGUCAUAUUACUCAACCCUGACCUAUCCUUCGCUUCAGUUUCCAUUUCCUUGUAUAUUUAUUUGUUGUGUUUCCCUUUUGGUAGCAUGUCGAUAAUACUGUGCAAGGGUAUCAGUGGCUGCCUGUGUUGGUAAAAUGAAAAGAAGCAUUCCCCAGGAGAAUUGUCCACCAUUUUUUUUAAUCUCCACAUACUGUAUGACUCAACAGGAGAUUGAUAUCAAGCUCACACAGAACACGUCUGACUCGAUCUUCAACAUCCAUGUCACAAGUCACCACUCAUCUCUGGAGGGAUCAAUAGCCUUAACUAACAAAUGGAACCACACACACCAGUGAUGUUUCAGCCCUCUUGAGAGACAGCAAGACUCUUGCAAUACAAGUCUAAACAAGCCAAUAAACAAGGAAUUUGAUGCUGAAAUUGCAGAUAAAUGUGAUCAAUUAUCCCCCUGUUUCUGUGUCGCAAUAAUCCACUGCCAUUACCAAACUGCCCUCUGUAUCUCCCAUGGGGGCAAAACAAAUCAACCGCUGGUAAAAAAAAAAAAAAGUUUGUUCCUGGUUGUCAACGCAUUUGUAAAAUGUGACCUCAGAUCAUCGUAAACAAGCUAAGAACUCUGAGGCCGUCCAUCACCUUGCUGUCAGUCAAGUCUUAUUCUGUGUGACAGGGGUUUUCUAUGUUUUGCAUGUAUCAUCUGUCUGUGUUCAAGUCAUGUGUUGAGACCACACUGCCUCAGUAAUGUACCUAUGGAGCAGUUGCAUUUGGAGUGGUGGCGUCAACCAAGGAUGAAUGCAGUCCAUGUUACUGCUCAGAUUCUGCCAUCACACAACACAAAUGUACUAACUAGUACAUUGUCCUACCUACAUCUUUUCAUCGAACACAUCCACUCACAUCCCCUCCAAAGAAGCAACCUUUAAAAGAGACCUUCUCCUUGCUCACGGAGGUAGUGUGGUUUAUCAUACGGUCAUGGCGUUGUGAUUCUAUUCUUAGCCAAGACAGAUUAACAGUAUUGAGUGACAUCAGUGGCACAGAUGCAGCAGUAGAGCUCAUAUCAUUCCCGAGUGUGAUGUUCUACAUGUAUGUAUAAAGCCCCUGUUCCCCCUCAGGGUCUCAGUGGUAUGUAACUGUCUGCCCCAGAAAGCAGCCAGGGUCAAGGGCAGACAGCUGCCCCACCCCCCUCCCAAUUCUGAACUGUGAUUGGACAGAAAAGAGGGAAGAAUCAAUAUCCAUCUUCUGCCCUUUGUCUGUCACCAUCGUCAUCUGUUAGCUGUGAGCAUCCAUUGUUUUGAUGGACAAAAGAUUUAUCAAAUAAACAAAAAAGGUUGAAUAUG